UUUAUUCGCAUUAACUACUUGUUUGUGAGAAAAAUGUUUUUAAAAUUUUUAAUUUUUUUAACAUUUAAUUUGUUAAUUUUACUGAACAAAGCGAAUUGUGAAAACUCUGAUUUGGAUGAGAUAUAUUUACACUUAUUUGGACAAGUGGAAAAUGUUAAAAGAUCUCUGGAGAAUUUAAAUAAUCGUCUAGAUAUAAUAACCAAUAGAUCUUUUGCUAAUGUUAUUAAAAAUGAAAACUCGUUAAAGUCGCCAAAAACAUCAAGACCCAUAUUUGAUAUACGCUACGAUAAUAUGCCCCAACAUUGUGGCACAAAUACUCCACCCAGCACUUGUGCCGAGGCCUUAGAAUGUACUGGUAACAGUGGUAUUUAUAAUAUAAUCGAUCAACACUUUAGCAAUCGAACAUUUACCGUUUAUUGUGAUAAUGAUAAUUACGAUGGCGAUUGGCUUUAUAUACUAAAACGUCAAGAUGGUAGUGAGUAUUUUAAUCGAUCAUGGAACGAGUAUGUUGAGGGUUUCGGCAAUGUGGCCGGUGAACAUUGGCUGGGGUUGGAGUAUCUAUAUGCCUUAACAAAUUUUUAUGGACCACAAGAAUUGCUUGUAAUCAUAGAAAAUUUUGAUGGAAUAAAAAAAUUUGCACAUUAUGAUAAUUUUGCUAUAGCAAGUGCCAUUGAGCAUUAUAGAUUAAAGUCAUUGGGUCGUUAUUGGGGUACAGCUGGUGAUAAUUUAUACUAUGUUAUGAAGAGCAAAUUUAGUACUUAUGAUAAUGAUAACGAUGGAAGUAUCCUAAAUUGUGCCCAAACAAGAAAUGGUGGUUUUUGGUUUCAGAAUUGUGAUUUUGCAAAUCCUACUGGCAGUUAUUUUCGUGGUUCAACUAGCAGUAAAUCAGACACUCUACGAUGGAAUGAUUUUGGUGGUCAUUACUAUUCACAUAAAACUAUGAUAUUUAUGAUUCGUCGGAGAAAUGCUUACAAAUUGGAAUAAUUGAAGUAAAUCUGUAUGCAAUAAAUCUGUUCUUAAAAAAAAAAAAAAACUUUGUACGGAACUUUGUAGGGAAAGAUUAUGGGUACCAGAACGAGAAGAGCGUAAUAUAAUAACUAUAAAACGAAGUACUUUCAAAAGAAUAACAUUUAUCACCACUUCAAAAGUAGCACUAAAUAAAUUU